UCCUUACGAAGGCUACUGCGGUAGUACUCAUGUGUGGUUUUGAGCUAUGCAAGUGCGCAUGUGCGUGGCCGUCCAUCGGUCAUUUGGAUAUUCGGGGUAUCUCCGGUAGUAGAAUCUUUGGCAAGUUGUCGCGCGUUCCCUGCUGUCCUGUGUUCCGAGUUCCGAAUGCGUCUUGCGACUGUUGCUCGCGUGCCUCGGUGUUUGUGACGCACCCGGGUGCCCACUCUCUUCCGUUGCUUGUGUCUACGAGGACAACCAAUGAAACGACUUUACCAUCUCUUCGCAUUGUCAACCGGGACAAACCGUGCUCAUCCAGCAGCACUCGGCUUGGGGGCAAUCAACACUCUAUAGAGUUUUUGUGGCGUUAACGCCAUAGUCUAGUACGGGAGACACACAUGUCUUCGGAAGACUCUGGGAACUCUGGCGGGGGCGAGGCCGGCCCGACUCAUGAGGAGCUUAGGACGGCCAUCGACGACGCCGUGGGCGACGCCAGCACCAGACUGGAGAAGAUGGUGACGGAGGGCGUCAUGGUUACCUUGUCCCGUUUAGUGCCCGAGACACCGCCCGCCGGAAGUGCGACCGCAGCGGGCGGCGGGGGGGGGUCACUGGGGAGGAUGCACGCCUUCCCUGGCGCGGGUCAGUUGGACCACGCGCCGAAUACCGGACGAGGGCUCGAGGGAGCGAGAGGACUGCGAGGCCCGGAACCACGAGAGGCUACACCAUACAGUGCUACCUCGCGAGAAGGAGUCAGCAGCGAGGAGCAAGGUGCAGACUUGUGAAUGGGUCGUGCCUUGAGUGACAGCAGAGAAGAUCUGUUUUUCCCCGUGGUGCCUCAACGUCCCUCCCCUUGCGUGCGUUGCUUGCGAAUCGGCUUGUCGGCAUUUUCCUUUGCGACUGCUGAAAUUACAAUCAUGUGGAAUUUUUUCUGGUGUUAUUUUUCCGCCGCUCGCUCGUUGUUUUUUUUUUCUCUUGUGUGUUUGAUCGGGAUACGAACGCAGUCCACGAAACCCGAUGUUGCCUGUCCGAUAUACCAUGCGCAUCUCAGUAACUAACCGCGUAGGUUGAGCCAUGAUGAGGCUCAUUGCACGACGAAAUACUGAGGAUGGUGUGGCAUUCCGUUGUUGUCUCAUUUUGAGGACUGAUGGUCCGCGGGGCACCGCGGUCCACGCCAAUUUGGUUGAUGAUGUUUGGAAUUAUUUCCCGGUCGCUUGUUUCACCGGGUUAUUUGCCUGAAUAUCAGGGAGGGCUGACGUAUGACCCUCGUUCCGUGAUAGAUGGCGACCAGCGUCUCUCAUAUUUUCACAGAUAGGUCUCGACAAGUCGAUUGAGGCGCUGUUUUGUUGUAGACGCUGCUUUGAUCUUCCUCUGAUGUGUAGGCUGAGAGGGGGCACCCUCCCAUAACAUGUGGUUGAUGGCCCUUCUAUAUGAUAUUUCAUCGAUGUACAGACCGAGGGGGGCAAUUCUCACUGUCAUAUGAUCGACAAUGGUGAUCGGGGUAGUAGACGCGCCCCGUUGCUAACAGCAGCUGGAUACAGUAUGGGAUCCUGUUGCUGGGAGGGGGUUACUUGUGGAGGAGUAGCAAAAAAUGUCUUGGUCCAGUGUCUCUCGAAGCGGCGGACCGCUUGUGGUUGAGAUACUGCUUGAUCUUCCAAUUGGUUGAUCGCCUUCUUUAACAUGCCAUAGAGCGAUGUAGCGUUAGGUUUUACGUUUUUCCGCUGCGAUUUGGCGUUGGUGCUUGUGGCUUUGGGCGCGCCGCGGUGCUGACAGCAGCUUGAUACAGUAGGGAUCCUGUUGCUGGGAGGGGACUUCUUGAAAAGGGGUAGUACAAAUGUCUGACAGUUGUAGACGCGUGGGUUUGCAACGUUGUGACUGCUGUGUUGAUUGUGUUGACAGUUCAAUCAGCAGGAUGAACCGUGGGGGCGGAGGAUUUUGAUCCGGUGGCUGGGUUUCCCUUCGUUUGCUUUAUUUUGUUUACUUUUGGAGUUUCCUUUGAGUACCCUGAACGCUUUGGUUUUGAGAGCAUUCGUUAUGAUGCACAGAAUCAGGGAGGGUGUUCG